CGCUGGCCUGACCCCCCCCCACCCCCACCCCGGGGCAGCCCCCUGACGGCGUCUCUCUCCCCAGAGGCGGGGGGCCGGGCGGAGCAGCUGGGGCUGAUCGUGGGGGCGGCCGCCGUGGGGGCCCUGCUGGUGCUGGCGGUGGUGGCAGUGGCUGUGAUCUGCGUCAGGAAACACGGGGCGGGGGGACGAGACCCCGAAUACUCGGACAAACACGGCCAGUACCUCAUUGGGCACGGCACCAAACUCUACAUCGACCCCUUCACCUACGAGGACCCCAACGAGGCCGUGCGGGAAUUCGCCAAAGAGAUCGACGUCUCCUACGUGAAAAUCGAGGAGGUGAUCGGCGCCGGGGAGUUCGGGGAGGUGUGCCGGGGCCGGCUCAAGGUGCCCGGGAAGAAGGAGAGCUGCGUGGCCAUCAAGACGCUGAAGGGCGGGUACACGGAGCGGCAGCGCCGGGAGUUCCUCAGCGAGGCCAGCAUCAUGGGGCAGUUCGAGCACCCCAACAUCAUCCGGCUGGAGGGGGUGGUGACCAGCAGCACCCCGGUCAUGAUCCUCACCGAGUUCAUGGAGAACGGGGCGCUCGACUCCUUCCUGCGGGUACGGGGGGCCCAGUACGGGGGGAGGGACCCCCCCAAAAACCCCAGACACCCCCAAACCACCCAGCCCAUGGAGAACGGGGCGCUCGACUCCUUCCUGCGGCUGAACGAGGGGCAGUUCGCGCCCAUCCAGCUGGUGGGGAUGCUGCGGGGCAUCGCCUCGGGGAUGCGCUACCUGGCCGAGAUGAGCUACGUGCACCGGGACCUGGCCGCCCGCAACAUCCUGGUCAACUGCAACCUGGUCUGCAAAGUCUCCGACUUCGGCCUCUCCCGCUUCCUGGAGGAGAACUCCUCCGACCCCACCUACACCAGCUCCCUGGGCGGGAAGAUCCCCAUUCGCUGGACGGCCCCCGAGGCCAUCGCUUUCCGCAAGUUCACCUCGGCCAGCGACGCCUGGAGCUACGGGAUCGUCAUGUGGGAGGUGAUGUCCUUCGGGGAGCGGCCCUACUGGGACAUGUCCAACCAGGACGUGAUCAACGCCAUCGAGCAGGAUUACCGCCUGCCCCCCCCGCCCGCCUGCCCCACGGCGCUGCACCAGCUCAUGCUCGACUGCUGGCAGAAGGAGCGCAGCGCCCGGCCCCGCUUCGCCCAGCUCGUCAGCUCCCUCGACAAGCUGAUCCGCAACCCGGCCAGUCUGCGCAUCGUCUCCCGGGACGGCGCCGGGCCGUCCCACCCCCUCCUGGACCAGCGGGCCCCCCACGGCGCCUCCUUCGGCUCCGUCAGCGACUGGCUCCAGGCCAUCGACAUGGGCUGCUACGAGGAGAAGUUCAGCACGGCCGGAUUCGGCUCCCUCGAGCUGCUCAGCCAGAUCUCCAGCGAGGACCUGCUCCGAAUCGGGGUGACCCUGGCCGGCCACCAGAAGAAGAUUCUCUCCAGCGUCCAGAACAUGCGCAUCCAGAGCAAAGCCGCCCCGUCCGGAGGGGCGGCCGGGAGCCGAUUCUGACCCGAUUCGGGGCUCGAGUCCUGCCUGGUCCCCCGGAGCUGGGAACGAACCGGACCCUGGGUUACUAAAGGGACCCUGACUUUGCUGCAGGGGCAGGUCUUGAACCAGGAACUUGGGGGACCCCUGCCCCCCCCACCCCCUCAGGGCUUGCACUUUGUCUAUCUGAGCAGAGAGAAUAUUGUGGGAGGGGGCUAUUGGUCGAUGGUUCCAAGAUGGCCGCAGGUCCCAAGAUGGCCGCCGGGCCCUUCGGUCAACUGCCAAGAUGGCCGCACUUCAGUCUCCCAAGAUGGCUGCUCUUGCUUGGGGUUCCCAAGAGGGCUGCUCUUGCUUGGUUGCCAGGCAGCCCUCAGGACCCCAUCAGGUUCCCAGGAUGGCCGCCCGUUGGUGGUCAGGGGGUCUCAAGAUGGCCGAUGGGCCCUUCGGUCAACUGCCAAGAUGGCCGCACUUCAGUCUCCCAAGAGGGCCGCUCUUGCUUGGUUGCCAGGCUGCCCUCAGGACCCCCUCAGCUUCCCAAGAUGGCCACCACUAAUUGGGGAGACCAAGAUGGCUGCCCUUGGGUGGUCUCCGAAGUCGGGCGGCCUUCGGUGGGGAAUCCAAGAUGGCCGCUCUGCGGUCAAGCUCCAAGAUGGCCGCUGGGGAGCAAGAUGGCCGCCCUUCCGCCAGAAGCCUCCUCCCUCGCAAACAGUUGAGGGGCAGUGAUGUAAUGGGGGGGGUCCCCCGGGAGAGGGAGACCCCCCCCAGCAUCUACUUGAAUCUCUGGGCCCCUUCCCCACCAUCGGGGGGGCUAUAAACUUGGCUCUGCCCCCCGUACCCCAUGAAACCAAAGAGUGACAAUGGACAGCGGUGAUGUCAUGGCUGCCCAGUGAUGUCAUUGACCUGGGACAGGGCCAGAAACGGGGUGAUGUCAUCCCCCAGCGACUGCCCCGUGAUGUCACCAGGAGCAGCAGUGAUGUCACCCCAUCAGGAGCCCCGUGAUGUCAUCGUUGCAGGGCCGUGAUGUCAUCAGGCCAUGAGGUCGUCGCGGCAGGACAUUGGGGGGGGUGUGAGGUCAUCAGCGGGCACCGGACUUUCGCCUUCAUAUUGAAGGGGAAUUUAACCUGGGGGGGGAGGUCAUUUCCAGCCCCCCCAGAGCUGGGACAGCGUGUGGGGUAUCAGACUCCCCCUCCCCCCUGCGCCGAGCUGGAUUUGGGGUGUCCCCGCCGCCGCCCCCCCAAAUAAAGUGGGAUUCACUCAGCUCUC